AUGAAAGUUCCACUAUCAACAGACACGCCUACACAAGAUGGAUAUGUCUGUAUGUGUAUCUGUAAACACGAAAUCUUUCUUUGUUGUAUUAAUCUGAAUCGCUCUUUUCCCUCCCUAUCUUUCCUUCUGUCUUUCUAUCUCUCUUUCUCUUUCUAUUUCUUUCACGCUCUCUUUCUCUCUCCUUCUAUCUCUCCCCCCACACACACACUCUCUCUCUCUCUCUCUCUUGAUAUAAAGAAACAUAUUCCUUCAUUUCUUUCUUUCUUUCUUUCUUUCUUUCUUAUUCCAUUACCUUCUCUUUUAUUUCUUAUUUAUUUCCUCUUUUCCAUGUUCACCCCCCGUCCGUUCCUCUUUCUUUCUUUCUUUCUUUCUUUCUUUCUUUCUUUCUUUCUUCAUUACCUUCUCCUUUAUUUCUUAUUUAUUUCCUCUUUUCCCUGUUCACCCCACUUCCGUUCCUCUUUCUUUCUUUCUUUCUUUCUUUCUUAUUCCAUUACCUUCUCUUUUAUUUCUUAUUUAUUUCCUCUUUUCCAUGUUCACCCCACUUCCGUUCCUCUUUCUUUCUUUCUUUCUUUCUUUCUUUCUUUCUUUCUUUCUUUUAUUCUUUUAAUCUUUAUUUUAUUUUCUUUCUUUCUGUCUUUCGUUUUUUAUUUUGUUUUCUUUAAUUCUUGCUUUUCUUUUUUUCUUUCGUUCGGUCUUUCUUUUCUUUCGUUCUUUCCUUCUAUACUCUUUCUUUUCGUUCUCCCUUCUUACUUUCUUUUAAAUAUCUAUUUCCAUACGUUCUUUCUUUCUUUCUUUCUUUCUUUCUUUCUUUCUUUCUUCUAA